AUGGACCAGGGAAUUCUGCAGCAAUUCAUUUUGAGGACCAAUGGGUCAGAGAAGAGAAAUCUGUUUAAAUCUAUCUGUCUUUUUUAUCUAUCUAUUUAUCUACCUAUCUAUCUCAGUCUUUUCUUAUCUAUCUAUCUACUCAUAUCUCUCUCUAUAUAUCUGUCUAUCUAUCUCAUCUAUUUCUAUCUAUCUAUCUAUCUAUCUAUCUAUCUAUCUAUCUAUCUAUCUAUCUAUCUCAUGUUUCUUACUAAAAAUUUCAUUUUUCUUACUUUCUUCAUUCUUUCUAUCCUCCAUUCUUUCUUUCUUUCUUGUUAUUCCUUUUUUCUUUUUUUGCUUUCGUUUCUGGAUAUUUAUUUUUUUAAUCCCAUUUUAUUUUUAUUAUUUUAUAACCCCCAACAUUUUUUUGUUCUUUCUUUUCAUUCUUUUUUUUCUUUUCUUCUUUUUCAUGAAGCUUCUUUUAAUUCUUUGUUUUCUUUUUUCUAUACUUUCCAAUUUUAUUUUUUCUGCUUUAAUCAGUUUUCAGACUCUAUUUCUUUCUCCAUCUGUUAUUCAUUUUUAAAUUUUUUUCCUUCAUCUUUUUUCUUUCUUUUCAUUCUCAUUUUUUUUUCACUUUCUGCUUCUCAUUUUUACUUUUCUUUUUCCUUUUUCUUUAUUUUUCAUUCAAAUGUCUUUACAUUAUUUCCCCAACAUUUUCUUUUUCAUCAUUCAUUUAAAAUUUCUUUCUUUUCCCUAAUCUUUUAUCUUUCAUUUUACUCUUUUCUAUUCCACUUUAUUUUCCCUCCUUUUUUUUUCCUUUUUUUUUCUAUUCUUUUACUUUUUUCUUUAUUCUCUUUUUCAUUUUUUUCAUUUUCUCUUUCUGAAUGUGUUUUGUUCAGUUUUUUUUCUUCCCAUACAACUUUUUUCUUUCUUUCCUUUUUCUUCUCUUGCCAUUUUUCCUUGUCAGUGGACAGUCAUAUUGAUGAGGGUAUCCCUGGUGACCAUAAUAUCUGGAUAUUUUUUUCUUUUUCAUUGAUGGUCAUGCCUGUCAUUAUCUAUCUAUCUUGUUUGGUCAAUAUCUAUCUAUCUAUCUAUCUAUCUAUCUAUCUAUCUAUCUAUCUAUCUUGUUUGGUCAAUAUCUAUAUAUCUAUCUUAGCUUGGUCAUUAUCUAUCUAUCUAUCUAUCUUAUUAUUAGGGGAUCCACUUGGAUUAUAUGCCAAUGGAUUUAUUACCUUUACUAUCUAUCUAUCUAUCUAUCUAUCUAUCUAUCUAUCUAUAUCUAUAUAUAUAUAUAUAUAA